ACCCUUCUCAACACAAGUCAAAAAAGUAGGAAAAAAACAAAACAAACGGAAUGAGCGACUCACUAAAGCGAAAUUAUUGUGUCUGCGAAGAGUUGGGUAGGGGCAAAUUCGGUACCGUUUUCAAGUGUUACUCGCUGGCAACCGGUGAGCCAUUUGCCGUCAAGUCUAUUGAUAAACGUCUCAUCGCCGAUGAUGAUAUAGAUCGCCAAUGCCUUUACAACGAAGCGAAAAUUAUGCACUUGCUUUCGCCGAAUCCGAACAUUGUUCGUAUCUUCGAUAUCUAUGAGGAUGAUGUUCACCUUGAUAUGGUUUUAGAGCUAUGCAACGCCGGCGAUUUGUUUCAACGCCUCAGUAGUCGAUCAGUGUUCUCCGAGUCCGAAGCUGUCGAUGUCAUGGUACCACUAAUGAAGGCAAUAGCGCACUGUCACCUUCUCGGCGUAGCACACAGGGACAUCAAGCCGGAUAACAUUUUAUUCAACGACUCAAACGAGCUGAAAUUGGCUGAUUUUGGGUCGGCUGAGUGUUUCCGUGAGGGACAGCUGAUAAGCGGCGUAGUAGGGACGCCGUAUUACGUGGCACCGGAGGUGUUAGCUGGGAGAAACUACAGUGAGAAGGUUGAUAUUUGGAGUGCUGGUGUUAUUAUGUAUAUAAUGCUUGCCGGAGUGCCGCCGUUUUACGGUGAAUCGGCGACGGAGAUCUUUGAGGCUGUGCUCAGAGCGAACCUUAGGUUUCCGACUAGGAUCUUCAAUUCAGUAACGCCGGCGGCGAAGGAUUUGCUUCGGAGAAUGCUAUGUAAAGAUGUUUCUAGAAGAUUCUCUGCCGAACAAGUUCUUAGGCACCCAUGGAUGACUAGCAACGGAGAAACUAGAACAGUUGCGCUACUUUGAGGAGAUUUGCAUCUGCCGAUAAAAUAAUUAUCAAAUGAUCAGAAUUUAGGUACGUACAUAAUGUGUGAUCAGGGAUUGGAUUUGCGAGCAAUGUGUUCGUCCCAGAUAUAGGUUAUUAGUAAGUUAGAUAUACAUCGUAUAAAACACCAGGUACUUAUUAGAUCCAAUGUAUUUACUCCAAGUCUCCAACAUAUAUACCCCCGACCUAAGUUGAUGUUGCUUCAGCACAAGUUAAUUUGGAGUCGAUGGGUAACGGCAGAUGGCAUUAAUUCCCAAUUGUUUUGCCAGGUUUUAAUGUAAUCUUGUAUGAUAAACUAGCUCAAAUAAAUCCUCUCUUUUUUUUUUCAUUCAA